AUGGGCGGCAACUUCAGACCACCGCCAUCAAGGCGAGGCUCGGCUGACGCCGGUCCCAGCCUUCCGAACACGUCCAUCCUUCGCGUGCUCACGAACACGCAGAAUGCCAGCGCGGCCGUCUUCGGUGUCUUCUUCACGGCGCAUCUCGCGGCGCCGAUCGCGGCUGCGUUCGGUGGUUUGGAGGCGGCUGACAAUGUCAUGAUCCUCGGACGAGAGCUCUACCUACCGUUGGAGACUGCGCUCGUGUACGCCCCUCUCGCCAUCCACGUUCUGUCAGGUGCUGCGCGAAGGCUGUUCAUCACGUACAAGACGAAAGGGAAGGCCCGCGUUUCAAACCAGUCCAAGGCUGGCUGGAUCCUAAUCCCUCUCGUCCUGCCACAUCUCUGGCUCCACCGUGUUCUCCCCGCCGAGGCCGCUGCUCCGAUCAACGCCAUGUCGCCGUCCGAGUUCGGAUACGAGUUCGCAGGUUACGCGGCACGGAGCCGGCCCUGGAUGACGGCUGGAUACCUUGCCCUGACGACUUUCGGCGUGUACCACGCUCUCAUCGGCGGCAUGCAGGUCGUCUCGUGGAUCAAGCGCUUGGCGGGUGUGAAGCCGAAGCUGAAGGCUGUUACGUUCAACGAACCCGAGGAGAUCAAGGAGCGCCGCCUGAACCGGACGCUUAAGCCGAUCUACACGCUUGUUGGAGGCGUAGUGGCGGUCGUGGCCCUCGGCCUGUUCCGUAUGGCCAAGGACACGGACGCCCUCACAGCGAGCACUCUCCUUAGGUACAGGGCCAUCUAUGAGAGCGCACCGUGGUCUGCCGUUCUCCACUAG